UUCCCACUUAUAUAAAUGCCUCUCACUCCCAACCAUCAACUUAUUAUUCACUUUCACCCCUCCAUUUCUCAUUUCUUUACGUUCCUUUAUUUACUUAUUAUGGAGCUUGAGCUUGCUCUUUCACUCUCGACUCACAAUUUCUCCGACCGGUUCGAGCCGAAAAAGAUGGUAGGGUUCGAACCAUGCAGAAAUAAUGAAGAAUGUGUAUUCGACAUGAAGAAGAAGAAGAAGCGUAGGCUUGAAGAGAAGAAUGGUAAUAAUGAUGAGUUUAAUGGAAGUAUUAAUUUGCCUAAUUUGCUUUUAUGGAGUGGUCAACCUAAUGAUCAAGAUGAUGAUGAUGAUCAGCACAAACAAAAGAAAUUUUCUUUCCCUCUCAAGAAUGAGGAAGAAGAUCAAAUAGUGGGGUGGCCGCCCAUUAAAUCAUGGAGAAAGAAACUACUUCACCACCACCGGCAACAAGGUGGUGAUGGCCGUGUUGCCGCCGCUGGAAAUGAAAAUAAUAACAUGAAUAAUGGUACGGCAUGUGGGACAAAUUCCAAGUAUGUGAAGGUGAAAAUGGAAGGAGUAGGAAUUGCUAGAAAAAUUGAUCUAAGGCUUUUUCAAUCUUACCAAACACUUCAAAAUUUCUUGAUUAGAAUGUUUGGUGAUUAUCAAUGCAAGAAUGACUACAGCUCGAACUAUACUAUGACGUACCAAGAUGAAGACGGAGACUGGCUACUCGCCGGAGAUGUUCCUUGGCAGAGUUUCAUUGAAUCAGUGCAAUGUCUGGAGUUGCACAGAAAUAGGGGACUUCGUGGCUUUACUCUCUUGUUUUGUUGCUUUCAUAAUUUAAUACUUAAAAGCCUUAAUUCUCUACUUGGGUUUAUGUCUGACUUUUUAAUGGAGAAAUUAAGCUUCUGUAUCUUUCUGAUUUUGAUGUUUGUUCAGGUUGUUUAUGCACAGCCUGCAACUGAUCCUAAUGAAGUGGCUGCAUUAAAUAAACUGAUAGAUUAUUGGAACUUGAGAAGCAAAUUGAAUAUCAGUACUGAUCCUUGUAUUCAGAAUGCAUCAUGGGCUAAUGAAAAUGCAAAUCCUAGAAUUGCUUGUGACUGCACUGCAACUACAUGCCACAUCACUCACUUGAAGAUAUAUGCUUUGGACAUUGUUGGUGAGAUACCUAGUGAACUGUUUGUGCUUAAGAAGCUAAUGGACUUGAAUCUGGGCCAAAAUGUAUUAAAUGGGGCUAUCCCUGCUGAAAUUGGUCAAUUAUCAAAUAUGGAGUACCUUAGCUUAGGUAUCAACAAUCUGACAGGUCCGCUGCCUCCGGAGCUCGGAAAUCUAACCAAGUUGCUUUCUUUAAGUUUUAGCUCAAACAAUUUCUUCGGACAAUUGCCUACUUCACUCGGGAACUUGACCUCCUUACAGCAAUUGUAUAUUGACAGCAGUGGAGUAAGAGGGCCAAUUCCUCAAGAAUUUGCACUACUGAAAUCUCUUCAGAUCCUAUGGGCAUCGGAUAAUGCCUUCACCGGAAAGCUUCCAGAAUUUUUCGGGACUCUCACAGAACUCAGGGUCCUGAGACUUCAAGGUACGUUGCUUCAAGGUCCGAUACCAAGUAGUUUCAGUGCACUUAACAACUUGGAAGACCUGAGAAUUGGUGAUCUUAGCGGUGAAGAUUCUUCUCUCGAGUUCUUGACAAACCAAACAAAUCUAUCUGUAUUGAUCUUGAGAAACAGUCUAAUUUCUGGACGAAUUCCAGAAAGACUCGGCACAUUUACUAAGUUAAAACAACUGGACUUUAGUUUCAACAAAUUGACAGGACGAGUACCAACCUCUUUCCAGAAUUUGACUUCAUUGCAAUAUCUGUAUCUCGGAAGCAAUACCUUGAGCGGAGAGCUACCUGCAGAUCUCAUCGGUCCACAGCUACUUGCAUUAGAUGUUUCAUUCAAUCCUCUCUCUGGAAACCUGCCACAGAAUUUUGCAAAACUUGGAUUAUCCAUGGUUACUGUUGGAACUUCCAUUAAUGCAAAUGGUCUACAAGAAAGCAAGGUUUCCGGGAUGUUACGGUGCCUUCAAGCUGAUACACAAUGCAGCUAUAAAAUUCCAUCAACUUCAUUUUCUAUCAAGUGUGGAGGCAAAAGCCAAAUAUCUGCAUCUGAUGUUAAAUAUGAUGAUGAUGUGGAAACCCUCGGAGCUGCGUCACUAUACGCAAGCUCUCAGAAUAUGUGGGCUGUAAGCAAUACUGGGAAUUUCAUCUCGAACCCUGCACCGAAGUACAUAGUACAGACACAGUCUCAAAUCACAGGAACUUUAGAGUCUGAACUGUAUCAAACUGCUAGGAUUUCGCCAAGCUCGCUUAGGUACUAUGGUCUGGGAUUAAAGAAUGGGAGAUACAGAAUUGAGCUUCACUUUGCAGAGAUCGCAAUGGAUGAUGAUGACUCCCGGUCCUGGAAAGGCCUCGGCAGGCGCUUAUUCGAUGUUUAUAUUCAGGGGAAGAAAGUGGCUGAAGACUUGAACAUACAAAAAGAAGCCGGAGGAUCGAAAAGAGCAUUGAUUAAAAGCUUUGAAGCAAAUGUGACGAACACAAUCAUGGACAUUCACUUCUUUUGGGCUGGUAAAGGAACUUGCUGCAUACCACAACAAAGCACCUACGGACCUUUAGUCUCAGCAAUUCAUGUUUCUCAAGUUUCUGAUGGUAAAGAAUCUUCCAAGAGCCAGAAGAAAAAAGUGGGAAAAAUAGUGGGAAUAGCAGUAGGAUGUGCAGCUGGGGUAGUGAUCAUCUCAUCUAUAAUAUAUCUAUUGUGGACUAAACAAUCUACAAAAACACAUCCAAAUCCAAAGAAACCUACCUAGCCAAUUUUAAUGCAACAAUUGGCUCCUACAAUACCCAAGAUUCAGUUUUUUAUUUUCAUUUGUGUGUUUUUAUUUAAAUUGUAUAAUAUAAGAGAUGUUAAGGUGAUGGAGAAAACUGAUAUUAUAAUUUUAAUUUUUAACUAAAGCUUUUAAAUUUGUCAA